CAACAGCUUGGCUUUGGGGAGCAUUUUAACAUUUGUUUUUCCCUGGAGAAGCCCUCUCGGGGGAGCGGGGGCGGCGCAGGCUGCUUUCAUCAGCACAUAGGCUGGGCUGUAUUUUUCUCCUUGUGCUGAGACAAGGGAACUGGGAUUUUGCUUGAGCUCAGCACUGACAGCUGCUUUUCCUGGGUGGUUUUGAAUUUCCCUGUGGGAGAUGCAGGGAGGGGUGUAGUGUUACAGCACAGGAAACCCUCCCUAUUUUCCACGCAGCUUUGCAUGGCCUCUCUGUGUUAGGAACCACUUUUUAACUCUCUGCAUUCAUCGCUCCAAGCCGACCUUUCUAGACUCUUUCCAAACUCUUCCUCUCUGGGGACAGGCUUUCUUCCAAAAUACAUAUUACCCAUUGCAUUGGCCUGUCUUCAGAACUAAGUGGCUGGGUAUGCCAGGGCACACCACUUCCAUGAGCUACCCUACUAGUGGGAUUGUCUUUGGGAACAUGCUGGCGAACUCAGGUGGAAUUCCUGCCUUCAAAUUCCAGUCCCGUCGAGACAGCGUUGACUGGAGGCGGUUCAGUGCCAUAGAUGUGGAGCGGGUGGCUCGGGAGCUAGACGUGACCACGCUCCAAGAGAACAUUGCCAGCGUCACCUUCUGUAACCUAGACUCGGAGAAGUGCCCGCACUGCCAGCAGCCCAUAGAUCCGGUUCUCUUAAAGGUCCUUAAGAUGGCACAGCUGACCAUCGAGUACCUGCUGCACUCGCAGGAGUACCUGACUGCCAGCAUGGCUCUGCAGGAGGAGCAGCUGCAGGCUACCCUGCAGGAGAUGAAGCACACCAAGCAGGAGCUGGACAAGCAGGCAGAGGAGCUGAAGGGAGUGAAGGAGGAGAGCCGGAGGCGGAAGAAGAUGAUUGCCACCCAACAGCUCCUCUUGCAGGCUGGGACCAAUAACUACCACAAGUGUCAGCUGUGUGACAAGGCCUUCAUGAACUACUCCUACCUCCAAGCCCACAUUCAGCGCAGACACACUGAGGCCAGCGAAGCUGAGAGACAGAAGAAGAAGCAGGUGGAGCAAAUGGAGGAUGAGAUUCAAGAACUAAGAAUGAAGCUGAAAGAGACCCACACCCAGCUAGAAAUUGAGAGAGAGUCGGAGACUCAGCGCAGGGUUCAGGAAGCAGAGAAAGUUCACCAGAGGGAAGAGGAGGGAAGAAGUGAAUUUGAGAGAUGGAAAGAGGAGGAGAGAACAAGGUUUCAGGAGGAAAUGGAUGGCCUGCGGCAGUUGUUCCUGACAGAAUUCAAGGACAUCGCCAGCAAGAACUCUGCCUUGGAAAGGAAACUGCAGGAGCUGCAGGCCAAAAACCUGGUGGCGUCCAAUCUGGGGGUCCUGCGGGAUGAUGACUCUGAUGACAAGCGGCAGUGGGCACUGACUCAGAGAGAGCUCCAGGCCAUGAGGGAGAAGACUGAAUUACAGAAAACAGAAUGGAAGAAGAAGCUGAAGGAGCUUCAGAAGGAGCACCAGAUGGAAAAGGAAGAGUUGAAGAGUGAAAAUGAGAGACUCCGGGCCUCCUUGUCUCAGGACCAACGGAUAGCUGCCGACCGCUUCCAACAGCAAAUGGGCUCGCUCAAUGCUCGGCUCAAAGAGCAGACCAAGGUUAUCAGGUCGCAGGAGAAAACAAUCAAGAUACUGUCUGCAAGCAAAGCUGAAGUGACCCAGGAAACACCCAAGGUACCAGAUCUAGAGGAGUCUUCUGAAGAAGCAGACUUGGAGGACACCCUCGACAUGAAGCAGAGGCUCCUGGAAGCCCUGCGGAGGAAUCCCAACCUGCUGAAGCAGUUCCGCCCCAUUCUGGAGGAGACGUUGGAGGAGAAGCUGGAGAGUAUGGGUGUGAAGAGGGCUGCGAAGGGGAUUCCAGCUCAGACCUAUAAAAAUCUGAGCUCCCUCGUAAGGACUCAGCAGCAGCAGAAGGCCAAAAAAUUUCCAACUCUCCUCAGCUUGAGGGACAAGUUAGUACGAGAGGUCACCUGGAAAGUCAAGCAGCACCAGAAGGAUGAUGACGUUUUGCCACAGCAACUUUCAGUAGUCUCAGCUAAAAGCCAGAAGAGCCCCCUGUCGCCAUGCCGGGUCGCAUCUACCCAGCCUAGAGUGCUUCACGCUGAGCUACAGCCCUAUGCGAAGGAGACGCCCAAACCAACUCCUCGGAGCAAAGCCAGCUAUUCCCACAGCCCAGAAAAGGUUCCCAGAGUAAUGCCACAAAGCAAAGCCAGCAGCCCACGACGUGCUGCCAUCCAGCAGCCGAGCACCCCACCUUUCAGUUCUGAGGAGGACUCUGGGGGGGACCAUGCCAGCCUCACUCCUGUGAAAUUCGAACAUCCCAUCACACUGCAGCAAACGCAAACGCCUUUGAGGCUGACCCAGAAUGAUGAAACCUCAUCAGACUGGUCUGACAUCGAUUCCUCAGAGGGAAAAGCCAGCCCAGCCAUAGGAACCGCUCCAACAGGGACGCUGGUGUCUGCAAUGGCUAAAAAACUGGAGCACAAACUGAGCAUGCCAGCAAAGAAGCCUGCUGGUGGGAAAAAACUCCUCCCCGACUUGCCCUCUGACUCUCCUAAAGCGAGUCACUCAGACAAGAAACUCCAGUUUGUGGAUGAGAACAGCGAUUUGGAGACUUCCUCCCUUGAAGAGAUCACCCAACUCCUGGACGCCAAGAGCCAAACGAAGCAGCAGCGGCAACCAGCUGUGAGGCACAGUGGGGACUCAGCAGGGUCGCAGGGCACCAGCGUCUGGAGUUCCAGCAGCACGAGGGCUGGAGGCUGGUGACUCGCUUGACAGCCCCCUUCGCCGUACCCUACAAGUGCUUGGAUUUCAGGGCCCAGUCCCAAAGCUGGAAGUUCCUGCCAUGUGGCCACAAAGCUUUGGAAUCCUGCUACUAUAGGAAGAUCAGGCACUGGGCUCCAAUUUAAAAACAACCCACCAGUUUAGAGCAAUCAGAAUUGGGAAUCCCUGUCACAUGGCCCCAGGUGCUACCUAGCUAUGAUGCAUUUUUGCAACGGCUGCCCAGGUGCCCUCUCCACAGUGCGUGUGGGUCAGUGUCUCCUGGGCUGGUUGGAAAAACGUGUCGUUCAACAUCCCUGCGUGUGGAGGGACACAUUCUGCUGCUCAGCCACCAGUGUGAAGAAGGUAGUGGGCUGAGCACGUGGAGGGAAGAGUCUGGGUCAGCAUUCAGGGGAUACACAGGGCUGUAGGGGCAAGGCAAGGACAUGGCUGCCAUCCUUUGGACACUCUGGAGAGGGGUCGCACAAAGUAUGGAGGCCACUGUGACAUCAAGGCUGCAGGUGCAGCCCCCAGGCUUCUCAUCCCCUCCUCAGCCAAGUGGAGGAAGGAAUCCCUCACUCAGCCUGCCCAGAGAGAUCCCCAGCAGACAGCUUACUGUGCAUAGAUUCACAGGAUCAGGCCCUAAAGGAGUCCAAUUGUGCCCCAGGGCUCCAUGCACAGUGGGGACGCUCCUCAUGCAGAUCAACCCCUUCCAUGUGGCUAGGGGGUCAGCUGCCUCGGUGGCAUCAUCCCCCAUUCCCCCAGGCCCUGUGGUGGGUGAUCUUUGGUCUGCUGGGGGGAGAAGAUGGGCCGGGGAGAUAGGGCAGGGCCCUGGGAGGGAUGAGGAAGCAUUUUGGACCCCCACAGCCCUGCACACGUCUCCAUGAAAAGAUAAUACAGGCUACAGCUAGGUUAUUUUAAUGCCUCCCCACUGUCUGCACUGGGGAGCUCUCUGUAGGAGGGAUCCUAGUGACAGCUGCUGGCUGCAAGGCCUCAUCAGCUCAGUUCUGUAGGAGGCACUUUGCCAUGGAGCAGGCUGGGGAGGAGAGAUUGGGGCAGCCCGCCAGGGGCACAGGGUCUCAGAUGGACGGCUGGUCCUCCCACACUGUGGGAUGGUUGAGCUGGCCCCGUGGCCUGUUCUGCAGUGGGCAAACCUCCUCUCCCCACUGGAACACUCUCCACAAGGAGAGCCUCAGCAGGUUUCCAUCCUCCUUCCCCACCUCACACUGCAGGUGUUCCCCUAGGAGUGGGAAUCAGGCCCUGAUUUUAUAGCUGGGGAGCAAAAGAUAAGAUACAAGAAACAGGACUCUGUUAACCCCCUCAGUGCUGCAGGGACAGGCCCCUCAGCAUUGGCCUGGCUGCAGCUACUCCCUUUGACAAAGUACACCAGCUCCGAUGAGCCAUGUCCUACAGCUGACAAAGCAAUGCAGAGGGUGACAAAGGAAACACUUCAGAGUAGCAGCCGUGUUAGUCUGUAUCCGCAAAAAGAACAGGAGUACU